AUGACGUACGACAGCAAGCACCAAAUCCUGCUCCCAUAUCACCAUCGCUUUUCGACUUUACUCGUCCAAUGCUACCACGAACGUAACUUGCAUGCAUCGCCACAAUUGCUCGUUGGACUUCUUCGCCUACGAUACUGGAUUAUAGGGGCCAGAAAUCUGGCCAAAGUCAUCGUACAUCGCUGCACCAUUUGCUUCCGAGCUCGCCCUAAAUUGGUGGAACAAUUUAUGGCUGAGCUGCCCAAAGAACGGAUCACAGCCACUCGUCCAUUCACGGUAACGGGGGUGGAUUACUGGGGCCCAGUACUGCUUAAACAUCCGCAUCGUCGAGCCUCACCUACUAAAGCAUUUGUAGCAGUUUUUGUAUGCUUCUGUACUAAAGCUGUUCAUAUCGAACUGGUUUUCGAUCUGACAACAGCUAAAUUUGUACAAGCUUUGCGAAGAUUCAUCUCUCGUCGUGGUCCGCCUUCUGAUAUCUACUCUGAUAACGGACGAAACUUCCUCGGUGCGAAAAAUGAGCUAAAACGGCUCAUCCGUCAAUCAGAGUAUUCGCACAAAUUGGAACAGGAGUGCUCUGACUGCAAAAUUAGAUGGCACUUUAAUCCUCCAAGAGCCUCCCAUUUCGGGGGAUUAUGGGAAUCUGCCAUUCACUCCGCCCAGAAGCAUUUCAUCCGCAUCGUCCGGGAUCGACCGCUCUUCUACGAUGACAUGCAAACUCUUCUGUGCCAGAUCGAAAGUUGUCUAAAUUCUCGGCCUCUUGUUCCACUGAGCGACGACCCUACUGAUUAUGAGGCAUUAACACCCGGGCACUUCUUGGUUGGCACGUCGUUGAAGGCUGUUCCUGAUGACGAAUUCACCGAAAUACCGUUCCACCACUUGAAGAAAUGGCAACAAAUUCAAAAAUUGGUCCAGGAUCUUUGGCGGCGAUGGCACCUGGAAUAUUUGAGCAUAUUACAACCAAGAAGCAAAUGGGUGCACUCACCUGUUUCAAUUAAGGAGAAUCAACUCGUCCUCCUGAAAGAAGAAAACAUCCCACCGAUGCGCAGGCCGACAGCCAGAAUUGUCCAGACUCAUCCAGGAAGCGACGGAGUUAUCAGAGUGGUCACUCUGAGAACAGCAAAGGGCUCCUGCACACGACCGGUGUCCAAAAUUUGCCUGCUGCCGAUUGCACCAUCGUCGGAGGAAGCAAUUAAACCAUCCGGCGCUGAGCAAUCAACAACAGACGAAAUUUCUUCCUAA